CAGCAGGGCCGAGCAGGCACUCUCCUGAACAUGAUGCCGCACCACACUUCUUUCGCUUCCACCAUACCUUCGUUGCUGCAUUCAUAGGCGCAAGCCACGAAACCUUUCUGAAAUGAAUAUUCGUGCGUCUGGUUCAAACGUGGGAGGUGGCGUGUCCCGUAUAACCACAGAAGUCGAACAUGACGACUCGGAUAAUGACCGGACAAUCAUGGAUAUUUCACGCCCGCAAGAUAUGCGUGGAGACCCUCGUAUACGCUGGGUAUACUUUAUGCUAGGAGCCGCUACUCUACUAUCAUGGAACGCAAUGAUCAAUGCGAAUCCAUUCUUCAUGUCGCGACUGUCGGGUUCACCACUGAGAACAUCAUUUAGUUCGUACCUGUCCAGCGUGUUUACCGCCAGCAACGUGGUCGCAUUGGGAUAUGCGAUUAUGACCUCGAAACAGUCUUCCCCUUCCAGGCGCGCCUUCUGGUCCACUGCGUUCACCUCAGCCAUCGUCACUAUACUGUUUUUGACAACAUUCCUCCACCUUAGCCCAGCUCCAUUCUUCUACUUCAUCAUGAUAAGCGCGUUCUGCUUGUCGGGCUGCGCAUCUUAUCUAUCGAACUCGGUAUUCGCUGGCGCGGCACUCUUUGGCGCACCUUACAUGCAAUCAAUGAUGUCUGGCCAGGCUGCAGUAGCCGUUGCUGUCAGUAGUGUGCAAGUCAUUAGUUCCGCCAUCUCAAUUUGGGGAACCACUCCAGUGGCUCUGGCCAUUGGUGAUACUGACCCUGAUGGUAAAGCCGAGGAGAAAUCUGCGCGUAUAUUCUUUGGAAUUUCCGCGUUGUUUAUGAUUGCUACGCUUCUCGCAUAUAGGUGGCUAGCAUCAUUGCAAAUAUAUACGACCACUAUGGGAGCCCUCGAGGACAACGUCAAAGCCCGAAUUAUCUCAGAUGAGGCUGACGAACGACAACCUCUUCUGCCUGCGGCGCUGCCAAGCGCAGUUGAAGGAAACCAAAUUUUCCGUGUUCUCAAGACCAAUUUUAUUUAUAAUUUUGCUGUGGGAUUUGUUUUCACUGUAACUUUGGCUGUUUACCCAGCAAUCACUGUCACCAUCAAACCGACGAAUCCGAAUACCCAUCCUUUAUUGUUUAGUGCUGUACACUUUUUGGUGUUCAGUUUCGGUGACUUUUUGGGACGAUACAUGUGUUCCUUCCCACGACUCAUAAUCUGGUCCGCUCGACGUGUUUUGGCUCUAACUUUCCUUCGGAUCCUGUUUAUCCCUGCGUUCCUCCUAUGCAAUGUGGAACUUUCGCUCCAUGUUACGCCGUUUAUCAGCUCUGACUUGGUCUAUAUGCUACUCUUAUGCGCUCUGGGCGUGUCGAACGGUUAUGUGUCUACUUUGUGCAUGUUAGGCGCGCCCUCGUUGGAACACAACAGGAGAUUAAAGGGCAGGCAGGAAGAUGUCGAUGUUGCUAGCACCGUCGCAGCUUUCUGUCUGAUUGUGGGAUUAGCAGUUGGCGGAUUUGCGAGCUUUGGAGUAAGGGCUAUUAUAUGCAACUGCGACCCGUUCACGUCUUAGACUCCGGGUUUUGGCCUACAUACCUAUGAUACCAUGGAAUACAAUUUUGAUUUAGAACUACUGUAUAGUACUUGUCUAGAAUACUGCUUGCGCUUUUGUAUUUACUGGAUUGCCUCGGCAUG